AUGGAGGGGUUUGAAGAAUUCCUUAAUCUACGAGGCAUACAUCGGUCAUUGAAUAAUAAUCACACAACCUCCACGGCCUUUUCGCGUCACCAAAUCAGAGUCCAGCCGCAAGAUGACUAUGAUAUGCUGGAUGAUGAAGAUUUGAUCGCGGCUUCUAACUUUGUUGAAGCUGAUAUGGUUGAAAGUAUUUCCAAUGAUAAUGAAGUUCAACCCGACCAUGAUCAUGAAAGACAUGACGAUGCUCAUGCGGAAAACGAUGAACAAUUUGACGUGAGAGAUCGAUCUAAUGAUGGUAUUGAGGAGCAACAUAUGCUGUUUAUAGAACACGCAAAUGCUCUGGAGUUUGGUACCAACCGUAUUACCACAGGUCGUGGACAGGUUGGACCCCAGGCUCAUCGACUGAUUGAAGAGUACACCGAGGAGAUAAGACGUACUCUACAAGUGGAGUUUUCAGAUCUGGACGGCGAGGACGAGGCAUAUGACUCGAUAUCUGAUGACGAUACCCCUGUUUAUACGUCGAGCUCUUCUCGUGUCAACAGAGAAACAAUGUCCUGCCUUGAAGAGUUGGAUGACAAUUUCAAAUAUACAGAAAGAAAACCAUCAAGUGUGAGAUUUAAAUAUCACCGUUCACACGAUAAAACAAACUUUAUAUACUCGCCACCAGUGAAGACGAUAGAUAGAGGUAGUUUUGUGGUCGAUAUUGAACCUCAUCAAGAGCUACUUUUAUUGAAACAAGCUCCCGCGGAAAAGUUUUACAAUGGAAUGGAAUUAAAUGUGGCAGGAACAACCACUUUAAAGUCAAUGAGGGGUUGCAUGCAAUACAAGAACAACUUGAGUUGUGUUUUUGCCCAUGAUGGUGGCGAUUAUCUAGUUGUUGCUUGUAAUUCGAGACUCGAUAUAUACGACUUUGAUCUGAUGACGAAUUUGCCAAAUGAAACCCCUCGUUUGAUGUUUGAUACCAAGCCUACAUUUACAUCAACCACAGAUAGGGUUGUUGCCGCAAGUCCGUAUUUCCCACAUGGUAUCAACUAUGUGAAAAGUUGUCAGUUUCUUGGCAAGACGGUUGUUUGCGCAUGCAUCGAUGACGGACGUUUGUUAAUAUGGUACGUUGAUGCACUCGUUGAGCAAUUGAAACGACACCAGCCAUCUGCUGAAGAGGUUCAAUUCAGAAACUUGAAAAUACCUCCGAGUUUCAAGAUUAGAUUGAGUGCCUCUUUGUGGGGACUUGAUAUAAAGGACAAUAUUAUUGUUGCCUCGGAUAACUCGCAAUGUAUUGUGUUGUUAUACUUCCAUGAACAAGAUGGGAGAUUUUAUCAUGUGAAAUCACAUCAGCUUCUACAUAAUAUACCUAGCGUUGCCAUCAUCAAGCAUACGCAUGGAGCCGUUGAAGUUUCGUGUGUUACGAUUGCAGGAGAAGUUGUAGUUCUUGAUUUUCAAUUCAAGCUCGUUUUGGGGCCAUUGAACAAAUCUGACUUGGAGUUUUUCCAACAUAGGGCAGUUUAUUAUACAGAUCCAAUGAUUGAGUCUUUGGAAUAUGGUAAUGGGGAUGACGAAGUAUAUCGACACAGGCAUUUGGAUCACUAUGAGGAUAGGGAUUUGAUUAGUAGUGCAAGGACUGUUUUCAAAAGGGUUGAAUUUUAUCCUCCUUCGCUUUUGUCGCGAUGUGUCGUUGAUGAGGAUUGCUGGACAAUCCAACCAUUUCGUCGUAGUUGGUUUCUACCGGUGGGUUCAUUGCAAUCGGUGUUUGGUGAUUGUGAAAUUGACGAUGAAAAAGAGUGCGAUAGGAUAAUUGCAGAAAGCAUCGUUUUAAAGUCGAAACAAGGAUUUCAAUUGCAAAGGGAGGGGGAGGUGUUGCAAGAAGAUGGGAAAGAUGAUGUGAUUGAUUCUGGAACUGGUUUGGGUCUGGCUGCCAACUACCAAUUUUACCAAUGCGACUCAAUCGAUUUUCACGGAGUUGAACCUCCCGUUAUUCGUAUGCCAGCUACUGCCAAAAUGACGGAUAUCAAUGAUGAGUAUAGGCGAAUUCAUAGGGAUAUUUUACUCCAUGAGAAACUGAACAAAAUUGUUGAUGAUUUCUUGGCUGUUACAACUUCUAAAAAGAUGGCUUUAUUCAAAUAUCCCAGCUUGUAUUGUCCUUGUGCGACUAAGCCUUUGUUUAAUUUGGACUUGCAUAAGAAAACCGAAAGUUGUUAUUCAAAUAGGCUUUCAAUCUCAGCCGUGAUUCCCGAAUUGUCAUGCUUCAUUGGUGUUUCUCAACAAGGAAUAGUGACAAUUAUGCGAAUGUGCACUUAUCGAGGAGUUUAUGGAAUGCGACAGGAGCAUGUGUUUCCUAAUGCUUUUAAGGUAGCAGCCACUGCCGAUGGUGGCAGUUACCGAACCAUUGUUGGGUUGAGUGUACGAGAAAAGAAGAGUCAAGUUGGUGUGAAUAAUGGUGAUUGUUCAACUGUGUUUGAUAGCAGUUGUAUUGAUGGCGUGCGGGCGAGUGAGAUAAAAGACAGCCCUUCAUAUUUACUUUACAUUUUGUAUGAUGAUGGGAAGAUACUUGGGUACAGCUUGCUGGAGUAA